AUGUCAGUGUCACAGAACUUACGUCCGAAUACCGUCAUAAGGCGUUCAGACCCAACUCCAGUAAAUUCAAAUCCGACAAUGCAUAGCUCCUUUAGGCCUCUCAUCAACUUCACCUUUGGUAGAAUUGAAGAUGGAAGGGUUGGACUUACUUUCCAUACUCAGCUCCGCAUGGUCGAAGAUAACGAUAACCAAUUUCAGGCAUUUAUCAGUAUGUUAUGGGAAGCUAUUGAGCAGCACGCUGGAUUGCCCCGCGUACCUGUUACCGCUGAUGGUACUCGUCUUUCUGGGGUAGCUGAAGUUUGGAUCUGCGACAAUAACCACUCAGUCAUGGGAAAUGACACGGGAGCGGGGCUGACCAGAACUAAGACGGAAGACUCGUUGGCUGGGUUGAGACGUUUAAGAGCUCACCUACAAGACGCUACAUUCUCGCAUCUUGUGGUUGAUUACGGUUAUCUAGUACGAUAA